AUGGGUGACUGGAAGGGCUACAUCAGUGCGGUGCUGCGGGACCAGCGCAUCGACGAUGUGGCCAUCGUGGGCCACUCGGACAAUCGCUGCGUGUGGGCGUCGCGGCCCGGGGGUCUGCUGGCGGCCAUCUCCCCGCAGGAGGUGGGCGUGCUCACCGGGCCAGACCGCCACACCUUUCUGCAGACCGGCCUGAGCGUGGCGGGUCGCCGCUGCUGCGUCAUCCGUGACUACCUGCUGGCCGAGGGCGACGGUGUACUGGAUGCACGCACCAAGGGACUGGACGGGCGUGCAAUCUGCGUGGGCCACACGCCGCGGGCGCUCCUGGUUCUCAUGGGCAGACGAGGUGUGCAUGGAGGCAUCCUCAACAAGACAGUGCACGACCUGAUCGGUGGGCUCCGGGAGCAGUGCUCCUAG